AUGGGGCUGAGGGACUGGCUGAGAACCGUGUGCUGCUGCUGCCCGUGCAAGUGCCUGGAGGAGCCUGCCCUGCCCGAGAAGGAGCCCCUGGUCAGUGGUAACAAUCUGUAUUCCUCAUUUGGAGCAACUCUGGCGAGGGAUGAUGAAAAAAAUUUGUGGAAUAUACCUCACGAUGUGUCCCACACAGAGGCAGAUGACGACAGAAUCCUGUACAAUUUGAUAGUCGUUCGUAAUCAGCAGGCCAGAGACUCAGAGGAGUGGCAAAAACUCAACUAUGAUAUCUAUACUCUGCGGCAGAUUCGAAGGGAAGUAAGAAACAGAUGGAAACACAUUUUAGAAGAUUUAGGUUUUCAAAAGGAAGCGGACUCUUUGUUGUCAGUGACUAAACUCAGCACCAUCAGUGAUUCUAAAAACACAAGGAAAGCUCGAGAGAUGUUGUUAAAACUUGCUGAAGAGACCAAUAUUUUUCCAACAAGUUGGGAGCUCUCAGAGAGAUAUCUCUUUGUUGUGGACCGUCUCAUUGCUCUUGAUGCUGCAGAAGAGUUCUUUAAAAUUGCUAGUCAAACCUAUCCCAAGAAGCCUGGUGUCCCAUGCCUGGCAGAUGGCCACAAAGAACCACACUACCUUCCAUAUCCAAGUCCAUAGAGGAGAGGCUGCGAGGCAGAACCAGAAUUCUUCCAUUGGGACUCCACAGCCAACCAAAGUUGGACAGUUGCGUGUAGAAGAGAGGGAGCAAGAAGAAGAGAGGGCUUGCUAAGUGAAAAAUGAUUCUGACUCCUACAAAAUUAAGGUCUUCAUGAGGACCUUACUCUAUGAAAUGUUCAAGUUACACUGAAACACCCUAGUGAUCUCAUAUCUAGAAAAAAAGUUAAAAAGAUGGUCAGUGGGAUAGUUCAUCUAGGUGAUUAAAUUCCAAGAGCCCAUUGUCCCAAUUCUGGUUUUGAUUGUACAAUAAGCUCCAAUCGCUAACCCUAUUGGGAGAGUUGGAUGGUUUAGUUAAUAAAACAAUGGUUAAUAGAGAGAGUUAUCAUUGAGCCCCGAAAUGGAUUACCCAUUUAAAAAUAAUUAUUAUUAAAUAUAGGCUAACCCCCAAAUAAUAUUAGGCAUUACGUGACCUCUUUUUGAUUUGGAAGAACCUGCAGGACCUCGGAGGAUGUCAGGGGCAUCCUUCUGAGUAUCGGUGAUGAUUAUUCAGAAGAAUAGAUGUAACACAUAAUAGGUAUGUCUAGGACUGCUGCUCUCAAGUGAGCUCCAAAUAAAAUCACCUGAAGCAGAACUUUCUGCAGCUUUGUGUAAAAAGUUCUGUCUUCCUUUGGGGUACAUGAAUCUUAAAUUCUCAAUAUUAUUGAUAUCUGGUUACCUCAUUUUUGCAUGUUGUCCAUUUCUAGUCCAAAAGCCCUUGUCAUUUUUUCGGGUGGCAGAAAAAAUGGCAUCUGUAAAUUGAAACGAUUGACCUCUCCUUCCUUCUCUUGUCUUAAAUCUGUUUCCGGCUUCAUCAGCUGAUGCCCAGGGAUCUCUCAUGCAGACUUCCAGCUGUGCAGGCAGUGUUGCAGUGAAGAAGAUCAUUCAGGACUUUCUUCCAUUCGAGGACAGUUUUAAAAACACAGCAAUGCUGCCCGUGCAGCUUGCUUCUGUCCACAAAUUGAGGAAUCUGGCUUCAAAAGUUAGUUGCCAUGUAAGCAAAGAGCUUGCCCCAAGAUCGUGGUUUAUUUUAUUGAAAAGACUUUAAGGACUUGUGGGAUUUAUCAGUAGAUUGCUGAUAACAAUGGCAAUAUUUUUAUUUUUUACAGAUUUUGCACUCUGACUUCAAGUUAAAAACUAACUUGUAUCUAGUCUGUCCAGGGGAUUGUGACUUGAAAAUUUUCAUAUCCUGAUUAGCUUUUCAGUAAUGUACACAAUGUUUAAAAUACGUCCUAGAGGAGAUAUGUGUUCUUCGUUUAUUAAUGCAUUGCAGACCAAUUUAACUGACAUGUUUCAGGAAAAUUCUUCCUACUUUAAUAAGUAGGCUGAAAGUUUUAUUUUUUAUAUUUAGUGCUUACUCCCUGUCUCAUGUUGUUUAAAAUUAGCCUGCAGAUAUUUUUCCUUAUUUCUAUGUGCUCUUGGAAGAUAAACAUACAGGCAGUGAAAUGAACAAUAAAACAAACAAAAAACUCUUCAACGUUGUAUUGUUUUGAUUUCUUACUCAGAAUUUGUGUUUUGUUUUUAUGCCUUUUUUGAUGUCAGAAUAGAUGAUAUUGUUUGCAUCUAUGGAGUAUAAAUUGUUACCAUAGUCUUUAUUUUUGGUAAUGAAUAAGGAUAACGUUAUCUCUGUGAUUAUUAAAAGACAUGGAAUUAUGCAGGAAAUUUUUCUUCCAAGGAAUAAAAGCCUUCUGUAUUUA